AUGCUCAACUGGCCAAAAGGACUGAGCGCAAUACGACAAUCUAUUCGCCAUUCCUCAAAAGCACCGGUCGCACUUACAUCCCUCGAUCUGCACCGGUCACUUUCCGAGUUGCUAUUCCUCCAGGAACUCAAUCGCUACCAGCAAGCCUUCAUCCACCGCGUUUUCCUGGCCUACCCAGAGGACGACCUUCCCGGAGAACUGGAAUACCGACUAAAUUGUAUACGACAUCAAGAGAGCCACUAUCAAGAGACUAUCGAGUUCUUAGAACGGCGCGUUGAGAAUGCGAUUAACCUGCUUUUCAAUGUAACGUCCUUUGACGAGACUCGGAGUAUCAAUCGACUGACGUACCUUGCGUUCGUCUUUGCGCCGGUCUCUUUUGCUACAAGUGUCUGGGGUAUGACCGAGUUUACCAUUGCCCCUAAAUGGGUUGCUGCCCUCGCGAUGCCUCUCCUGAUCCUCUCCUUCUUUAUUGCGUGGUUGUCCACAAUAAUCUCCAGGAAGCUGGACUUGAGACGAGUGAAACACUGGACGGACGAGGAAAAGAGAAGAUGA